UAGCCAGGUUGGUCUCAAUCUCCUGACCUCGUGAUCCGCCCAUCUCGGCCUCCCAAAGUGUCGGGAUUACAGGCGUGAGCCACAACGCCUGGCGCUGACUGCAUUUCUUAUGAACUUCAUUUUGUAUGGCGAACAUCCCUCCAUCCCACAUAGAAGAUUUAUAGUACAAAACAUUCUACACUAGCUGACAAAUGGCAUGGAGCCCUACUCCUAUAUUUGUGAUAAGCAGGAAGUCAGCAUGGAUUGGUGGCUAACAGUAUGAUCUCUGACCAGUGGCCCUGGUUGAAAUCCUUAGAGCUGUGGCCUUGAGGCAAGUUAAUUAACCUUGAUGUGCCUUAGUUUGGUGACAAAUAGGGACUUAGUAGAUAUGUACUAUUGUUUUUUUGCAAUUGCUUGUUUCUGUCCUUUUCCCCUACUGGAAUACAUUUCAUGAAACAAGGAUGUGUCUAUCUUUUUCUCUUGGGUCAGUGCUCAGGAGCUUGGUAAAUAUGUUUUGAAUGAAAGAAUGAAUGAAGAGAAAAAAGAGGAAAGUGAGAGUCUCAGUGUGAAGUCUGUGGAGAGAGGAAUACAGAAAAUUAAAGAAGUGACAGAAUCAGGGUGGGAAAGGCUCUGCUUGGGAUACCCUCUAAUGUCCUGGAAAUGAGGCUGUGUCCCUUGUGCAAGACAAGGAAGGGAAAGAAAAUGAGCCCUGCACCCCAAUCCCAGUCCUGCAAGGAUGCUUGACCAAACUUGGGUUUGAGGCCCAAUUUAGGAAGGUUAGAGUCCUUCCUAAGAUUUAGGGGGUUAGAGGUCCCUCUCAGUAAAGUCUCCCUUGGUUAAAAAUGGAUUUGGCACUACGAGGUAUUAACUGCUAUUCUCUUUGAGUUAAUCUGCCUCGCACUCUUUGCUGAUGGCUGUAGGUGGCAGGAUUGAGCAUGUACAGGAUCAUGGGACAUGGGGAGCUUUUUUCUCCCUAAAGGAGGAAACUUGAGAGCUGAUCCCUUCAGGAUGCAAGUGGCCCCAUGAAUUUUUGAGUCAGUGUUGCUGCAACGGGUGGGUCUUUCUGGCCUCCCUGAGCUCCUGGGGAGGUGGCUGAGCUCUCUUCAGCAGGCCCUGAAGUCUCCAGAACUUUGGUCCCAGCUGCCGAAGCACCCCAGUCCCUGCCCCUGCGGCAGCCAUUGUCAGAUGUUCCUGCCAGCCCUGAGAGCUCAACACAACUCAAGAGGCCCAGGCAUGCUCUGCCCAGUGCUGCAGGGGGUGCAGCCACAAGGCUGGGCAGAGGAGACAGGUGACUUCUGAUGUGGGGACCUGGGGAGGCUUCCUGCAGAAGGUGCCAUGUGCAGAGCCCUGAGGAUGGGGCCUUCACCUCUGACCUAUGGCCUAGGAUGGGUAGGAGGCUUCAGAAGAGGGAAAGAAUAGCAAAGUUGAAUUUGAAAUGGGGGUAUCAGAGUGGACCCACUGUCAUAGGUUUGUGUUUGUUUGUUUGUUGUUGUUGUUGUUUUGUCUCCAGGCAGGGCUGCUGUAGCAGCUGUGGUCGGAGGAGUUGUGGCUAUGGGGACUGUGCCCGUGGCACUCGGUGCCAUGGGCUUCACCUCAGUAGGAAUCGCCGCAUCCUCCAUAGCAACCAAGAUGAUGUCUACAGCAGCCAUUGCCAGUGGGGGCGGAGUUGCCGCGGGCAGUCUGGUGGCUAUUCUGCAGUCAGCGGGGGCAGCUGGACUCUCUGUGACAUCCAAAGUUAUCCUGGGCUUUGCUGGGACAGCUCUUGGGGCCUGGCUGGGUUCACCCCCUUCCAGCUGAACACCACACUGAGGCAGGGAGGUGGCUGUCUUGGUGGAGAUGACUUUCCUGGGCCUCUGGAUGAUGGUCUUCCAAAGGGCAAGUCCCCUACUCCCAAAAUUAUUUAAGGAAGCAUGAAAAAUAAAGAUGCUGGUGAUCUUCUCCUAGUGUCGGUUCUCUGUUCUUGUGGUCAGGAUAGGGUACAGCGCUGCUACAGGAGUGUGGGACAAGGAGGGACUCGAGGAA